UAAGGGAAACGGUUUGAGGCUUAAAACAACAGUCUCAUUUUGAACUGAACCUACUAAGUUGAACACAAAAAUGCUUCGCUACAUUCUCGUCCUUCUUGUCGCUAUUAUUGCCAUGUCUUCUGCACAAUGGGGCUACGGUCCAUAUGGCGGGUAUGGUGGUGGAUACCCUGGAAUGUAUGGCGGAUACGGUAUGCGUCCAUAUGGAAUGUACGGUGGCUACGGAAUGGGAAUGUACCGCCCAGGGCUCCUCGGAAUGCUCAUUGGAAAGUAAAUCGUCUUCUGGAAGGGAGCAAAUGACACAGAGAUCUCUCAGCUCAGUGAUGAUUCCGGUUUUUACAUUCAUUUUUCAUUGUACAUCAUAAAUAAUUUUAUUUUCAUUUUUUUCAUAAUAUUUCUUCAUUAAAAAUUAUUCAAGGUUAUAAAUUUCAUUAAAAU